CCCGCUCAAGAUGAUGAUUGGACAACUGGGAAGGGAGGUAAGAAAGGAAAAGGAGGUCGCGGUAAAACGAACAAAGGCGCUGCUAAAGAGGAAGCACUCUCUGCAUCGUCGGCAUCUGUCCAUCUUUCUGCUGAAGAACUGAAAAGUGAAUUGGAAAGGCAAAUGACAAUCCCCGAGGAGUUAUUGGAUGAGAUCAUCGAACAAAUUGCGCAGUAUGCGGAUGGAAUCUUGAAGGAACGUAUCGAAACUCUUGUACGUACCGUGCAAACCAUAUCAGCUCAAGAUCAGAAGAGAUCGUUUGUGCAGUUNAAGAUUCUUUAUUAUAAUGUUUGUGUUUUUGAACAAGCAACUAACAGUUUCGAUGAUGCAGUGGCAACAGAUCUACGUUCAUAUCUAAUGAGAACACUGUGCACGGAUAUUGCAAAUAUAGUGUUGUCAUUUAUGAGUGGCACGGAAAACACGAAUACACUCAGUGUUAAGAUCCGCGAUGAAACGAUCGCAAAUAUUGAAAACACGAGCAGUCGAGAAGCGGUGAUUGCCUUGUAUUCGGCGAUAUCAGACGCGGACUUGAACGCCUUUCAUGAUGCCAUCAUGCAGGUUUCAUCACCAGCUGUCUGCUCGUUGAACAUCAAAAUGCCCGAUAAAAAGCAUCGGUAUGUUUUCAACUUCGUUCACUCAUCCUUUAUGGUCAAAUUGAUUCGAGAAAUUUCCUACGCUGGUCUGAGGAGGAUUAUGAUGGACGAUAAGUAUCAUAAAAGUGCUUAUAAUAGCAAUAGUGUGGUAGUAAGACUAAUGAGUAUAACAUGGACAAUGAUAAUGACAGUUGAAAAAGUAGCCGAUUUGGGUGCAGAACAUAAUGAGCUGCUUCGAACGAUGCAGAAAUUGGUCAUUUCGUCGAUGAAAAACAAAUCAGAUAUGGACGUCAAGGCAAAGCUAAAUGAACGAUUGAAAGAGCUGAAGGUUUUCCUGCUGGGAUCCGCAGCAAUCGAACUUCAAUCAUCAAAGGAGGAUGAUAUGCAGACGUCGAAAGAUGAUGGCGAACUCAUCGAAUUAAAGUCAUAA